GCUUCGCCUGGAAACCGUCGCAGUUGACCGAGAGAUUAGCAGGACGAAAAACUACAGCAAACAUGGGAGCCAAGGAUUCGAAGCCAUGCUGCAUUUGCUACGAAGAUGCCGUCAAACGAGUGACGGAUUUGGAGCUGAGGCGAAUCAAAGAUGCAUUCAAACGAUCGGCCGGCACGAGCGGAUCGGUGUUAAGCAAAAGCGCUUUCGUGCAGGACGUGCUUGGCGACGGUGUACCGCCGUUGGUGGCCGAUAAGCUGUACUCGGCUUGCGGCGGUUCGGCCAAGGGUAUCGCCUUCAAGGAAUUGCUGUGCGGGCUGGUGCUCCUCACGAAAGGGACACAGGACGAGAAAAUAAAAUUUCUCUGGACGCUGUAUUGUCACGAAUCUGGGACGCACAUACUGAAGCAGGAGUUCCAAAAUGCCAUACAAAUCGAAACAACCUACCAAAGUAAUGCCAACGGCGGUAGCAACCAUACCAACUGUAGUAGUACCGUAAGCAAUAACAAUAGUCAAUUGGUAGUGAAUAGGAACAACUACCACCAGCAGACCACCACCGGCACCAGCAGCAGCCAGCUGUCGCAAUGGAACCGAACGCAGGUGGCGCUGUUUGGCCAAAGCGACCGCGUCGGGUUCGAGCAGUUCAAAUCGUGGAUCCAGAUGCACCGGGGGGCGACGGCCCUGUCCAAGUGGUUGCUGCUGGAUGCCUGCGUGAAUCUAAGCUCGGAACUGGAGACGCCAACAUUCUACCAAAGUUUGGCCGGUGUGACGCACCUCGAGGAGCAGGAUAUUGGCGACCUGGAGAAAGUAUUCUGGCUCCUGAAAGGGGCGGCCAUUACGGGCCAGCUUGAUUUGGAAUCCCUCGGACCGUUGGUCAGUCCGCCCGUGCCCCGGUCCGCUCUCGGUGGUGUGUUUCUGGCGUUCGACGAGAACCACGACGGGCACAUCGAUUUCAAGGAGCUGUGCUGUGGCGUUAGUGCCGCCUGCCGUGGCCCGAGCGUAGAGCGGAGCAAGUUUUGCUUCAAGGUGUUCGACAUCGACCGGGACGGUGUGCUAAACUUUGCCGAGAUACGGCAGAUGGUCGACAUAUUGCUCUCGGUGGGCCGUGAGGCCAAUGCGAACGGGUACCGCAACUUUACAGCCGAUAAAGUACUCGCCGAAUUGUACCGAAGGACGCGCGAACCGGAAGGAGCGAGCGAUGAUGGCGGUGGUCAAUCGGCACUCCAGGCCGUGCCGGAGUUUAAGUUCAGUCAGGAGGAUUUUCUGAUCUGGAGCAUCGAAAGUAGCGCCGUGAAUCUGGUGCAACCGUUCCUGGAUCUGCUGUUCGAGGUGUGUCACAUCGUGCUCGGAUUGCGACCCCAGUGCCGCCACCUGGAGGGCGACAUUGUGCGGGGUUGGUUGACGCGAGAAGUUCGCCGGGGCUAUAAGGUUGGCCAGUUUUGGUAUCUGGUGUCCUCGGACUGGUGGCAGCACUGGUCGCAGUACACUGUGGCGGCAUCACCGGGAGCAUCCAGUUGUGUGCACUGCAAGAGCACCGGAACCGCUUACGCGAGUCAGCGAGGUGGCUCAAGCGGCGGCCCGGGAUCGGUGAUGAAUGGGGUCGCGAAUGGGGCCGUCGAUGAGGCCAUGAUCUGUGAUGAAAGCUUUACGUCCAAUUCCACUGAAAGUAUGGGCGAUCUGUUGGGGGUUGGGGGAACUUGUGGCGACUCGUCGAGUUUGGGUUCCGGAAGCAGCGGUAUAUCGUACGGCAGGCAUGCAGGGAGCGCACCGGGGACGAUCGACAACAGUGGCUUGAUAGCGCCGCACAUUUUUAAGCAAAUUCCAACGCUCACCGGGGAAGGCGGCCGACUGAAGCGGGACGCGACGCUCGUGCAACAUCGCGACUUUGAGCUCGUUCCGGAUUCACUGUGGAAGGCGUUGGCACAGUGGUACGGGGGGCCUCUGCCACUGCCUCGGCAAGUCAUUCAACCCAACGGUAGUGGCGAAGUCGAGCUGGAGCUGUACCCGUUAAAUUUGCGUAUCUUGCGCCAUCAAAGUCAGACGGCGGCGGGUCAGCAGCAACACCAGGGAGCUGGCGGAAGCAGCGCCUGGGCCAGCAUGUCCGGUGGGUACGGAGCGCUGACAACGGGCAGCUACUCAACGUCCGUUUCGUCGGCAGUCCUGCAGCCGCCGAAGAAGUAUCUCGCGUACACGGCCGCCUUCAGUCGGCUGGCGACCGUGAAGCAGGUUGGAGAGUUCCUAUGCCAAAGGUUAAAGCUGCGGGUCGAGGACAUUCGCCUGUGGCAUCUGGUGCCGACCCCGACCGGCAUUAGCGAGUUCCCGUACCUGCUGGAGGAGGAUCAGUUGACACUGUCCGAGCUCUCGAUCGCCGACAGCGAUCAGAUACUGCUCGAGAUACGAAACAAGGACCUGACGUGGCCAGAAGAGUUGGGGUCGCUGGCACUGACACAGCAGGGCGGCUCACCGGGACCCGGCGGUAACACAAGCAUGGAGCGACGGGGGACCGUGUCCUCGAUUCAAUCGCAGCAUCCACCGGGUGCGACCGGACUGCACAAUCUUGGCAAUACGUGCUUCAUGAAUGCUGCGCUCCAGGUCCUGUUCAAUACGCAACCUCUCACGCAGUACUUCAUCAAGCGAAUGCACCUGUACGAGCUGAACACGGUCAACAAGAUGGGCACCAAGGGCCAGCUGGUGGUACGGUACGCGGAACUUUUGCGCGACGUUUGGACGGCCUCGACGCGCUCGAUCGCUCCGCUCAAGCUGCGGUUCUGCGUGACGAAGCAUGCGCCACAGUUUUCCGGCGGUGGCCAGCACGACUCGCAGGAACUGCUCGAUUGGCUGCUGGACUCACUGCACGAAGAUUUGAACCGCGUGAUGGAGAAACCGUACAGUGAGCUAAAAGACUCGGACGGUCGGUCGGACGUGAUCGUGGCGGCCGAAGCGUGGAACCAGCACCACGCCCGCAACCAGAGCAUCAUCGUUGACCUGUUCUACGGGCAGCUGAAAUCGAAAGUUACCUGCCAGGGCUGCGGCCGCGACUCGGUGCGGUUCGAUCCGUUCAGUUUGCUCAGCCUGCCGCUGCCGGUGGAGAACUACACCUACUGCGAGGUUCUCGUGAUGCUGCUAGAUGGAUCGGUGCCCGUGAAGUACGGGUUGCGGUUAAACUCGGAGAUGAAGUACUGGGACCUCAAGAAGCAGCUGAGUGAACUGUGCACCGGCGGCCUGGAGCCGGAGCAGAUGCUGAUUUGCGAGCUGUCCAAUUCACAGAUCCGCUUCAUACUGCCGAACGAGCAUCGCAUCAAAGCGAGCACCGCCUGCGAGCUGUACGUAUACGAGCUCCCGAAGGUGGACUCCGGUGUGCUCCGAUCGCGCGCCGGGUCCGAGCUGGGCAUCAACAUAGAGAAGGGCCUCAAGGACAUACAGCGGAACCAAGCUCUUCUACUACCAUCAUUAGACCCGCAGCAGCUAACGACCAGCUCGAUCAACACCACGCUCUCGUCAGUAUCGUCUUCGUCGUCGUCCUCGUCGUCAUCUUCGACGGGCAUUACCGACGAUACGGCCGCCAUCACCGGGCGCAAACCGAUGGUGACCGGUGGUGCUGGCCCGGUGGCCGGACGCUCGGGUGGCCCCGAAAGCGGUGCCGGUGUGGCGUUGGCCAACGGCGCCGCUGGUGGUGGCACGAGCAACGGAGCGACGCUGGCUAACCGGAGAACCUCGGCCACGUCGAAGGUAAGCCGGUGCUUUGGCAACACACUCUGCAUGCCCCCGAAUAUGUUGUGCUUCAAGCACAUCGCCGAAGUCAGCGCCAGCCCGGAGAGUACCUUUAUCUACGGCGGUGGACAGUACAGUGAGCUGACCACCGCGUACGCCAACAAUGGGUACAAUGGGGGCUACAGCAGCAACGCAAACAACUUUAUCAACAAUCAACAACAGAGCCAGCAACCAUCAUCGCGAGAUCCCAAUCGAUCAAAGACGAUAUCGAGCGCCAAUUUGUUGAGCAACGUCGACAAUGGGUGGCACAGCGCCAAUGGCUACGACCUGCCUGGCCAUCACCACCGCCAUCACCAGCCCUACGAGCCCUGUGCCGAUUGCGAUAACAACCUGUACAUGAUGAUGGGCGAAGGUGACGCGCUGCAGCAUCAUCCGGACACGAUAAGCCUAAGUGCAAUUAGCAAACGGCCACCUCUGCCGAUGGGGUCGCACCACCCGAAGGCCAACUAUUUGAUUGCCGUGCAUCGGAAGCUAAGCCGCCAGGAUACGUACUUCCUGUCGCACCAUAAAUCGAAGCCGGGCCUGUUUGGGGUCCCGCUGCUGAUUCCCUGCUACGAGGGCGUAACCAACAAGGAGCUCUACUGUUCCGUGUGGCUGCAAGUGGCCCGCUUGCUGAGCCCACUGCCACCGACACCACCGGACCAGUCGAACCACGCCACGGACUGUGAUGAUAGCCUGGGGUACGAUUUCCCCUUUACGUUACGCGCUGUCGCGAGCGGUGGCCGCAUGUGUGCCCUCUGCCCUUGGUCGCGCUUUUGCCGUGGUUGUGAGAUCCCGUGCAACGAUGAACCGUUGCUGCAGGGCCUCAUAUGCUCCGGAUUCGUUCCUCCGGGUGUUGCAAGCAACAGUUCAACACCGAACUUAUCGUCACGCGAACAGACGCCAACAUUCCGACGAAAGGUGUACGCCACCAACUCAUCCGGCAGCUCGUCGUUGGAUGGUGCUCCGCAACAGUCGUCGGCGGUGCCAUCAACGCCACUGUCAUCGCUACAGAGCUCGAUCAAUGCCCGUUCGAUCCAGAUCGCGAUCGAUUGGGAUCCGACGGCGCUGCACUUACGCUAUCAAAGCACACGCGAGCGGCUCUGGACGGAGCAUGAAUCGGUGGCCGUCUGUCGCCGGCAGCAAACGGAGCCGGUCGAUCUCGAUCACUGUUUGCGGGCGUUCACUUCGGAGGAGAAACUGGAACAGUGGUACCACUGUUCGCACUGCAAGCAGAAAAAGCCGGCCACCAAAAAGCUACAGAUCUGGAAACUACCUCCUAUUUUGAUUGUGCACCUGAAGCGUUUCAAUUACGUCAACGGGAAGUGGGUCAAAUCGCAAAAGGUUGUGAACUUCCCAUACGAAGGGUUCGAUCCGACCCCGUACCUGGCGUCGGUGCCCCAGGAGACCAUACUGCGCCAUCGGGAUCUACUGGAGGGGGUGCUGCAGCGCGGCGAUGGACGGAAUCGGGAUUGCCAUGAAGAGUUUGUCGAGUUCGAUCGCGAAAUGUCCAUGAUCGAUGAAGCCAGUGAUGAGGUGUCGAUGUCGUCGUUGUGUAUCGACGGCGGCGGCGGUUCCAAAGAUGACGAUGGUGCGAAAUCAGAACACGACCACCACCAACAAAGGAGCAGUAUUAUCGUGCCGGCCAUCGCCGGAACACAUCAUGUGGCCAGUGUGGUGCGGCACGGCAGCAACGAAACCGACCCCCCGACCACCACCGUCGGAGCAGAAGAUGUGACGGAUUGUGCCGGCGGCGCUAGGGGGGCCACCCCCAGUGGGGCAACCGGUGGCAAUUUGCGUUCCAAGUCGGCCACAUCGGUACACAGUAGCGAUUCGACACGACGGCAGCGGCUCAUAUCGACCAGUCUCACUAAAACACCCGUCAUCGAUGGCGAGCUGACCGAUUUCCAUCAGCACCCCCUGAAGCCGGGCUGCGAUCCGUUCGAACUGAAGUACCAGCUUUACGCAGCGGUGUGUCACUCUGGGAUGCUGAACGGUGGUCACUACAUUUCCUAUGCCGCAAACCCCAACGGUUCCUGGUACUGCUACAACGAUAGCUCGUGCCGCGAAAUACCGACGCGACCAAAGAUUGACCCGAGCACGGCCUAUCUGCUGUUCUACGAGCGGCGCGACCUGGACUACGGUCCCUUUCUACCAAAGGUUGACGGCCGCCAGCUGCCGAGUGAGCACCUGCUCGAUACCGACGACAGUGAUAACGACCUAAAAAAGAUGUGCUCACUGAUGUGAGCUCGAUCGUGCGUGAAUGCGAACAACGAGGAUAAUGCCAUUUUUGUAUCGCCCACAGUAGAGUGUAGUGCGUGCUAGUAACUGAUAGGAUAGCGCAAUCUGAGCAAACAAAAGCUAAAAUCUUAACUCUCUCAUCACACACCCCGGUGGCAAGUCGAAUAGGCGCCUCUUCGUCGUUAUGCAACCGCUUGCUUCGUGACGUUUCGAGAGGAGCUUUAUUUGAUGGCUGUUUUGGCCUGGCUUGGCCUCCGCGCCAUGAUGGAUCGAUUUUGGCAAGGACACUCUUGUGUUGUAAUUCUACCUUUGCAUACUCUUUCACAUGUUAUUUAUAUUAUUUGUUACGAGUAAUUUGCAGAAACAGAGAAAAGAGAGAACUAUAAUAGGCAACGUCGAGCAUCGUCUACUUUGAGAUGGCUUACUGUGCUUGAGUGUGUCACAGCAAGAAGCAGUAGUACGAGCGGUGAAAAGUAGGCGCAGAACUUAUACAUUCCCAUCAGCGCGGAUCCUGCGUUGAUGAAAGCGGCAAUGAAGCGCGUGUCAAAUGAUUGAUAUUAUAAGAGAGACCAGCAGGCGGCGGCUAAACUGCAAUCUGCGCCCCUUGUUUCGCUCUGUUCUUCUGUUUUCUUUUUUGUUACUGCGUGAUGAGCGUUUCUUGUUUGUGGUGGGUUGGAACGAACGAACUGAUCGGGGCAAACAAAGCCGUUCCUUGUUACACUCUGUACUACGUCGUUUAGGAGUUAUUUUUUACGCCUCCCGUUAUGUUUGUUAGUUGUAUUAAAAUUCGAUCGAUGGA